GGUGGACGUUGACUUUGGAGUGCCGUUCACAUCUUGUUCGGCACACCAGAAUCAUGAUUACCAACAGUUGGUAUAUGGAACUUGGGUAUUUUAAGGGUUUCCGAAUUGCAUUCCUCACUCACUACUCUCCGUGACUCUUUUCCUAGUAGAAAAGAGGCCACAAAUUGUGUGCUGAAGAGUGUAAAAAUUCCGUAACCUCUAAGCAUUGCAUUGGAACAAUGGAAAAGUACUGGAAAACCCUUCGCUGCCACUUCAAUGGCUGCUUCUACAAGAGGAAGAGGAUUCGUCUGCGUGUAGUCAAGCACGACAAGAACCCCGAGUACGACAAGGUCGACACCUGCACUUAAGUGCAAUAGCACAGUCACGUCCAGUUCUGUUCCGUCCAUGGACAGCAGUGUCUCUACCGCGAUUGCGGAAGCCCGUGGAGAUGCUUCCUCCGACAGGCCAGUUGCUCUUGGAUCUUGACCUCACGGCUGUGGAGGCUGAGGUGGAGAAAGAAAC